AUUAAAAAGUAGUAGUAUACUCUGGACCAACUUUUUAUUGUAUUUCUUGCCUUUUAAGCACUCUUUUGUACCCUCCCUACCCCCAAAUCUCACACUAAUAUUUCUUUCGUUCUUCCUCCAAUCCAAACACUUCCUUCUUCUCUUCUUUCCCUUUUUUCCUCUCUGCUUAAAUCUACUUUAGCUUUAGCUCCGUAUACAGAUAGUAUGCCUGAAUGUCAAGAGAAAGGGAGCGAUAUGAGGAGAUAGGUAAAAAAAUAAAGAGGGAAGCAGAUGACUACUCGCAGAUGGGAAGAAGAUAUAUGUUGGUGCCUCCAGGAAACACAACGUUAAACACUGUAACGCCUUGUGCUGCUUGUAAGCUUUUGAGACGUCGUUGUGCUCAAGAAUGUCCAUUUUCUCCCUAUUUUUCCCCUCACGAACCUCAAAAGUUUGCUUCUGUUCACAAGGUUUUUGGUGCUAGUAAUGUUUCCAAGAUGCUAAUGGAAGUACCUGAGAGCCAAAGAGCCGAUACAGCUAAUAGCUUAGUUUAUGAAGCAAAUGUACGGUUAAGAGAUCCGGUGUACGGGUGCAUGGGAGCGAUUUCUUCUCUACAACAGCAAGUUCAAGCAUUACAAGCGGAGCUGAAUGUUAUUAGGGCGGAGAUAAUAAAAUACAACACAACUACACUCAUUCCGUCAUUGCUAUCUUCUGGAGCUGUAUCCAUUGCCACAGUACUUCCACCACCACCACAGCCACAGCCACCAGUAACAAUUCUACCUUCAACGAUAUCUUCUACUCAUGAUGCAACCAUGUACACUCAACCCUCAACAACCACCACUGAAUUUAGCAACAUAUCCAGUGAGAAUAAUAUAUCCUAUUUUGGCUAAAUUUGUUUAUUAUUCUUAUUGCAAAAUGAAGAAUCAAAUUAAGUACAAUAAGCAAUAAAUUGUUUUAAUGGCACAAUAAGUUUAUCAUACCCAUGUUUAUGUUACAAUGAAUCACUACUAUAAAGAAAGAAAAAGAUUAAAUAUAUUUCUCCUCAUUAAUUA